GCAGAGUAUCACUGACAGGGGAGAGACCUGUGUGUAAACAACACAGGUCUCUCUCCUGCCAGCAAGGACAUGCUGCUGUGUAUUUCUCUGCUGUAAAAACACACAGCAAAACAGCACACUGUUAACCCUUUGAUCGCCCCAUAUGUUAACCCCUUCCUGCCCAGUGCCAUUAGUACAGUGUCAUGUUUUUUUUUUUGCACUGAUCACUGUAUUGGUGUCACUGGGGAUGUCAGUGACCCCAAGUCAGUACCCCCCAAUGUCAGAAUGUCCGCCGCAGUCCCGCCAUAAGUCGCUGAUCGUCGCCAUUAUUAGUAUAAAAAAAAAAAAAAAUUUAAAAAUCCCAGUAUCUUUCCCGCUAUUUGUAAAACGCUAUAACUUUCACGUAAACCAAUUAAUU